AUGCCUCCGCCUCCCAAAAAUCCCAAGCGCAGUUCUAUGGGGAAUACACAUUCAUCACCCGCUGCAAGAAUUACCGCGGCCAGUCAACGCGCCGUCGUUUCCUCUCCUCAAGCUCGAGUCCGAUCGUCGCCUAGAAAUCGAGGAUCUCCCGAGCUUGGCGAGACCUCUAGCGGACGCAACAGCAGCCUGAAUUCCCCUGCUGCACUCCCCGAGUCUCCUGCUAUGUCUGCCACUGAGACACCCGCCAGUGCCACCAGCUCUGUGUCGAGAUCUCGACAACCCAGAAAGAAUUUCCGCCUUAACCCCCAUUUCCAUAGUACGGUGGCCGCGCGAGAGAACCGAGAGCAGCCUGCUAGCUUUAUGGCGGUGAACAGUCCUCCGGCGCCCUCCCCAGCGUCCUCUACAAGAGAUACUCUUCCCUUUCCUCCCCGAACUCAAACGCGACGCAGCUUGACGCAAGCUUCGCCAAAGGUGCAAGAAGUUGCGCAAAACGAGUCUGAACAGGAAGAAGCCGAUGAUGACGACUCAGAGCAUGAAUUCAAGCGCAUCAUGGAUCAUCGCUGGUCAGACGGCAGGUUUGAACUCCGCAUUGAAUGGAGCGACGGCGAGCGCACAUGGACCGAUGAGGAAAUCUUCCACGAGGACUGCCCCGAAGCACUUUUCGAAUACUGGCGCAGCCAGCCAAACGGUCGACCUACCAACCCCGACGACGAAGGUGUCUACCAAGUCUUUGCCAUCCGAAAGCACCGAAAUCAUAGGGGCAAGAAGCAGGUGCUUGUCGAAUGGCUGGGCUACGAAGCAUCUGAACAAACCUGGGAGAACCAGGACUACAUUGAAUCAGUUGCUAAGGAGCAUGUUGACGAUUACAUGAAAAAGCUCAAGGGCAAAGGAAGACCUUCCAAGGGCAAAGCCAAGACUUCCCCGAAGCCAAAGCUCAACAAGAAGGGCACCGCGAAGCCUGUGCGUAACGGUCAAGUGCCAACCAAGGCUGCGGUGAAAUCAGCAACACCUGCGGACAAGGCUCGAGGCAAAUCUCGAGUCACAAAGCGCCAUGUAUAG